UUUCACAGGAACUGAAUAUUACACAAUACCAAUAAAGAUGAACAUUUGCAUUUUGUGCAGUUGAAAUCCGUCGUCACGUAGAGGGCAGCUAGCAUAUGACACGUAAUGUUAAAGGGGUUAAUGAAGUGAUGAUCGGAUGAUCUGCUGGUCAAGGAUGUUUAUGACAGACUGAAUGUGAGAUUGCAGCAAUGUUUACAAUGCAGUCUAGAGAUGCUCAGUUGCAGGAGUUCAUGCAGGUGUAUGAGCUGAGAGCUGCCUGCAAUGAAUGCACUCACAGACGCUCUCGCAUUUCCUACUCCUUCCUCUCAGUGUCUCACCGGUGCGCUCAAGACCUGGUGCUGGUCAAAGCCAAGGUCAAAGGUCACAGAUGGAGCCCUGUAUCCCAUCGACCCUCAUAUCCACGACCUAGUCGAUAUGAGGUGUGCUGGUUUUUUAAGGAGGAUGCGGGGUGUGUUGUGCAUCGUGAGCGCUGCACUUUUGCCAGGAGCGCAGAGGAGGCAGCGGUGUGGAACCUGCAAAAACAAACAAAUCUGGACCUCAAAAGCUUGAUUCUUUCGCUCAAUCAGACAAAGAAACUGAAUGAACAGAGCAGGCAAGGGGCUGCUCAUUCAAGUUCUCGGAGUCCCUCAUCGUACCAGGAGAAACUGCUGGAGGAGUACAGAAAGAGCAGCAAUGAAAUCCUUAUUCUUUCCGAGCAGGUAGAUGAUGUGUCCGUUACACAGGAUCAGAAUCUGUGUUUGGACUGUUUACAAACAGAUGGAGAAAUCACAUGGAGAUUCAAAAUCACCACCGAGAGAUCUCUGGAGCAUGUGGCUCUGUUAAAAAUGGAGAGAGGUGCAGUUUUCUCUUUGGGUGAUAAUGUGAAGAACACGUUGCCCCCAAUUACACACACCACAGGCCACCACCUCCGCUCCUCGCAGUCCACCUACGAGCUGAGCGUGUGCUUUUUGUCGUUUUGCCCCGGUGUGUACGAGCAAUGGCUGGUGUUUGACUUUGACAUCCGACCGGUUCUGCUCAGAAAACUAAAGGUGAGAGUAGGCGAGCAGUUUCACGCCAAGCCGGAUGAAGAAGAGAGCGAACGUGCUGAAAAUGUCCGGAAUGAACGCUGGGACAGAGGAAACAGGGUCAUCGUGCCCUUCUUCAACAGGAAGGAGGAAGACGAGCUGGAGCUGCUGCUCAGUAAAUACAAACCACCUCAGAUGAACCUGCAGUUCAGCUUCUAUACGGAUCACAGUUCCCCUCUUUACCAGGACAACUACAAAGAGAGAACCCAUGACUUCCUGUUUAGAGAGGAAAUAGCAGAGGAGAAGCUCAUAAGCAGAUUGAAUGUUUGUGGACUCGCGUCACUCUCUGAUUUGAAUGCAUCGCAGUUUUUUGCUCCAUGGAGGCUGUGCGCUACUCUCAAGGUCUCUUGUUCACUUACACCAGACACCCCUGAAGGGCUGAUGCUCAAACGAGGGGUGAGGACAGCUCUGCUGAAAACAACAGGACAUACAGCGGCGCCCGUGGAGCACACAAACCGAGUGUAUGAAGCGCGGGUGCUCAGGCAGGCUGCAGAUGAGGGUCACAUCGUUCUUGAGCUAUCGUCAAAGUGCGUGUCCGAGCUACAGCUGAAGAAAGGCAGCAGGUGUGAAAUGGAGGUUCAGUUUCAGCUGGACAGACUGUGGUUUUGUCAGAUGCACCAGGCUGUUGACCACCUUACAGACUUGCACACUGUUCUGCCUGACCUCAGCAACUGUUGUGUCCCUGUGAGCACGACCAGACAGACUGAACUCAACAACAAGCAGCAAAUUGCCUUGAAUUUUAUCCUUGGCAAGUGUGAGGCCAGCAAAGUUGCAGCGCCCUUGCUGAUAUACGGUCCGUUUGGAACUGGGAAGACCCACUGCCUCGCCUCAGCGGCUAUACAGCUGGCCCUAAAGCCCAAAACCAGAGUUCUCAUCUGCACGUAUACCAACAGCUCUGCAGAUCUAUAUGUCAGAGUGCACUUCCAUCCGUACAUUACAAACGGCCAUCCAAAUCUCAAAAUACUCAGGAUAAAGGCAAACAAAGGUGGGGCCGCUGUCAUGGCAACCGAUGACAUCACUCGUAAAUAUUGUCACUAUUCUCCCGAUGGACAGUCUUUUAUCCUCCCAACACGCUCCCAUUUAGAGUCACAUCGCAUCAUCAUAACCACCACAUCAAUGGCACGACGUUUUCGCGAGCUCAACCUUCCUGAAGAUUUUUUCAGCCACAUCCUGAUAGACGAAGCAUCUCAGAUGUUGGAAUGUGAAGCACUCAUGGCUCUUGGGUUAGCAGACAAGCACACUCGAGUGGUUUUAGCAGGAGACCACAUGCAGAUGGCACCGAAACUUUUUUCUGUAACAAAUGACAAACAUUCAGAUCACACGUUGCUAAAUCGCCUCUUCCACUACUACCAAGAUCACAGCAGCAACAUUGCAAAGAAAAGUCGGAUCAUCUUCAAUGAGAACUACCGUUCCACUGGAGAAAUAGUGGACUUUGUAUCCAAUCACUUUUAUGUAAGCGAUGGCAUCAAGGCCAAAGGUGAUGUUCCCCGUCAUCCCAAGCUAUACCCUCUGAUGUUCCACCAUGUCAGAGGAGAGUGUCUUUUGAACUCCAAUUCCAUGUCCUGGUACAACCGUGCGGAGGUCACCAGCGUGAUAAAUGUGAUCCAAGAGCUUGUGACCGUUUGGCCAGUGGAAUGGGGUAAAAAGGAACCAAUGCAGAUCUGUGUGUUAAGUGAAGGCCAGCAGGUUGAUGAUAUCAAAAGUCAUCUCCGGAGGAAAGGAAUUAAUGGGAUAUCAGUGCAGAAUUUAGCAAACAUUCAAGGAAAGCAGUUCAGGGUCAUCAUUAUAACAACUGUUCAUACCAGAGACAGACUUCUUCAAUCAGAGUCAAGCUGUCUGGAGUUUUUUAAUGAUGUCCAUGCAGUAAACACUGCCAUAACCCGAGCCCAGUCACUGGUGGUUGUGGUUGGAGAUGCUGGUGCACUUUGUUGCUUUGGAAAGUGCUCAAGGAUCUGGAAGUCCUUCAUAGAACUUUGCAUCAGCAAGGGCAGCACCACACCUGACUACCUGACUAGAGAUGUUCUACGACAGGACAUGUCGGAAAUUGCAAAAUUUCAAAAGAUAGAAAAGGUAGAAAAGAUUGAGAACGAUGUGCAGCCUGCAACUGAUCUUAUAUUGAAAGAGAUGAUUGAGGACUACGAUACUGACACAGACUCUGAUGAAGACAAUGAAGGUCACCAUGACCAAAAGAGAAUUUUAUUCUCUACUAGUGAAAAGGAGGACCUGUUGAAACUGGUCAGGGAACGGCCCGCUAUGUACAGACACGGUGAACUGGUAAUGCAGGGAUACCAUUCAGGUUAUGUAGUACCUUAUGACAACCCAACUGAACACAUUGCUAUUAAAGGAAGGAAAAACAUGGGCAUGUCUUUCCCUGGUGAUGAAGUUGUAGUUGAGACAGGAUUCCGUCAUGAUGAAGGAUAUCUUAAUGGGAACGUGUUAGGAGUCACAAACAGGGCAGCAGCAUCAUCUUCAUUUGUGUGCACGCUAGAGUAUGAAAGAUACCAAAAACAGCCACAGCAAACUGACAAAAACUAUGUCACCAAGAUAAUGAUACCCAUCACCAGCAACACCACCAAAAUAUGCAUCUUAGUGCGCAAGAAGGAUCGCAAUUUUAUUCCAAUAUGGAAACUCGACAGGAGCAAGUGGAAAUGUCUAAGACAUUUUCCUCUGGAUGAAAACACAAAAAAGGAAUAUGUUUUUGUUGUUCAGACUUUGACCUGGAAAGCCCACUGUUCAUUUCCACUAGGCAACGUUACAGAUGUUCUACCAAUUGGGACAACUGUAGAAGAGGGAAUGAAAAUUUUAAUGUCAGAGUUCCAACUAAUGCCCCUUCAUCCAAUGCAAGAGGCUGCAUUGGCUACCACAGAAAUCGAUGGAACCGAUUACAGCAAAAGAACAGAUUUGACAACUUUAAAAACAUUUACUGUUGAUCCAAAAGGAGCAAGAGACUUGGAUGAUGCCAUAAGUGUUAACAAUCUGGGAGACUGCUAUGAACUAGGAGUUCAUGUUGCAGAUGUUGCUAGAUUUGUGUCUAAGGACAGGCCUCUUGAUAGCGAUGCAAAAGAGAGAGGAACAACUUUUUACAGCUCUAGAACAAAACCUGUGUUUAUGUUUCCAGAACAUCUUACCACUAACUUACUAAGUCUCCUUCCAGGUAAAGAGCGCAAAGUCAUUUCCCUCAUUACCACAGUGGAAAAAGAGUCCGGCAAAAUAAGAAAAACUGACUUUAAGCUCUCUGUGAUACAGUCUAAUAAACAGCUGACCUAUGAGGAGGCGGAGAACAUAAUAAGUCACUAUAAUGGUGAGCUAAAGUUUGAUACUUUGGAGGAUUGUGUCAGGGUGGCUUAUCAUUUUGCAAGAAAACAACGCAAAGCUAGACUUCACGAAAACUGGACCUAUGCCCAACCUGAUCAACAUCGGAAUCCAGGGGAGAGAGAAGCUAACCUAAUGAUUGAGGAGCUUAACGUAAUGUUCAACCACGCUGUGGCAGACUUUUUGACCAAGAACCCAAAUACUAAAUUCUGCACUCCUUUGAGAUGUCAGCUUCCUCCUACAGCAGAGCAAUUGGAGAAGAUCAAUGAUCGACAUACAGAUGUUAUUCCUCUUUCCUCCCUCCUGACGUAUCAUAUCGACAGAAACCGUGUGGACUUUCGUAACACAUUCACCUUCACUGUUUAUUCUCCCACGGCCACAGGCUACAAUAACCCUGACGCCAACCUAAGAGAUGCCAUCUCCGUCAGUGACUCGGAAUAUCAUUUUGAAAUUGGAGUUCACAAAGCAGAUCCACAAUCAAACGUGUGGAGUUUGAUACCAGGCAAAAAUCGACGAGCCAUUUCUUUGAUUCUGAAAGUAGAAAAGAUGACAGGCAGAACUGUAGAGCAAAAGUUAGUGCUUUCCUCCAUUAACUCAAACAAGCUGUUGUCCAAUAGCGAAGCUGACAGCAUCAUCAACCAGUCAGAUGAACAAGAGAGACAGUUAGAUUCUUUAGAAGGCUCUAUCCUUGCGGUUUACCAUUUUGCACUUAAUCACAAACAACACAGACUUGUUCAAAAUGUGGACAAUUCAAAUCCUGCAGACCCCGGCCCGUCAGAAGACAGCAAAUGCAGGUUAAUGAUUGAAGAACUAUACCUGAUGUUCAAAAGUGCUAGCGAACACCUGAUUGAUCAAGUAACGCCUUCCCCAAACAACUGCCCAGUGACAGCUUCACCGGAACUGGAAAGGAGAAUAAGGAGAGAUAAUGAGGAGCGUGGAUUCCUCCAACAACUUGAGGAACAUCUCGACUUAAACAAUGAACAGGACAGUCAUAAUUUCAUCAUUCUGACAUCAGUGUGGAAAAAGAUAGAGUCAGCGGCAUUGACGUCUGACUUUUACAAAAUGACUGACCUUAUUUCCACAGAUGAUAUUCAUCCACAGCUUCUUCCAGUCAUUGUUCAGUUAAGGGCCAGUCUCGACAAAGCUUUCUUCAUUCGUUCACUCUCUUGCGAAAAGGCCUUAGUUGGACAUUAUUCUUUACAUCUGGACUCAUACACGUACGUGUCCUCACCCAUACGCCGAUACGUAGACGUGGUUCUUCAGAGACUCAUGCAUUCAGUUCUCGACGAUCGUCCUGUUGAGUACUCACAGAUAGAAAUCGACCUAUUGUGUGAUAAGAGUAAACGAAGAGAAGUUAAGGCACAAGAGUUUGAAAGGAAAGUGGAGUCACUUUGCCUUGCUGUCAGUCUACAUACACAAAGCACGUACAAGUUAGCUUUUGUCACAGUUGUUCAGCCUGAAAGCAAAAGUUUCAAAUUAUCAUUUCCGUUCGACAAAGGAACAUACCCAGACAAACUUCCUGUUUUGUACAGAGAUUUACAGCUAGAAGAUCAACCAAUAUUUGAUAGACAACAAAACCAAAUGAGACUGACUUGGAAAAAACGGAUGUACUCAAUGAGGACAACCAACUGCCUAGAAAGGAACCUGAGAUUCUGUUCAGAGAUACAGCAGAGCAUCUGGCAUGCCAUUGUAGAGGCAGUGAGAGAAGAACGGUGGAAAGAAGCGAAAAGCCUCAUAUUGGCAGCAGAAGUAACAGAACAUCGUGAGACCGAUGAUGUGCCCGAUAAUUCCAGAUUGGUUCCUAAUCGCACAUUUACGUCUGAAGAGGAUCAUUACAUCGAGUUUGCGCUCUGUUUGAAAGCUGGAGACACUUUGCAGGUCCAGCUGACCUCAGAAAGGGAAAGAGGCUACUGGGCACCAACUGUACAACUACUGAGUGUCAGAUCAAACUUCGAGAUUUGUGUGGAACACACUCACAGUCCUAUUGAAUGCUUUUCCAAACAUGCAAACCGCCGAUCUAAACCUACCUACCACGAUGUAGAAGAUUACGUCCAGAUAUGGAAGCCACUGUGUGAAAUGGAGUCAGCUGCGACUGCCGUAGAUGACAGUGAUUGUGUUGUAAUAGAGGAAGUGCACAUAGACUGGGAGCAAUCCUUUGUUGGUACCACCCCAAGCCUCUCUGGGUCCUUCACUCUACCUGUAGAAAAUAUCAAGAAAUGGGAAAUUGAAUUUGACCUGGCCAAGUGCUUUCUUUGUAUUCGAAAAAGAGUUCAGAAGCUAAACUCAGUUCAGAGUGACCGGUCAGAGCUUGAUCCAGAUUACUUCACUUGGGUGGCUCACGGUGUGACAACUCAAUGUUUAGAUAUACCACCAAACAAUAAGUCAAAAAUUAUACACUUUAACAUGAAGUAUGCAUCCACGAACCUUCCAAAAGUCAAAAGGGACACCACCUAUACAGUUGAAGUGAUCCCUAAGCUUCUUCCAGACAUACGAAAGGAAAGUGCUGUGAAUAAUUUACCCACAGCUAAUGAACUUGUUAAAAAUAUUGCACUAGGACAUCGGAUUGUGAAAGCAGGUUCUGAGCCAGCUGUAUACCGACAUGUACUCAUUAGAGAGCCAGUACCACAAGGUCUGCCUAAACUGAAUGAAAGCCAGUUAACUGCUUUGGAACAAGCUUUGAAAAACAAAUUCACCCUCAUUCAAGGCCCUCCAGGAACAGGAAAAACAGUUGUUGGAGCUUACAUAGUGUACUGGUUCUCUCAGCUGAACUCUAAUAAUCCUCAGAAUCUAAACGAGUUAAAAGACAAAGAGAAGAAAGAGGUUAUUCUGUACUGUGGGCCCUCAAACAAGUCUGUGGACGUAGUUGCAGAAUACCUGCUCAGGUUUGGGGACAAGCUGAAGCAAUUACGUGUGUACAGCAGACAGAUGGAAAUGCAGGAGUUUCCUUAUCCUGGGAGCAACCUGCAGUUAUCCCAAAAAGCACUGCGUCAGGAACGCUCUAAACCUGAGCUCAGGGGCAUAACACUUCAUCACAGGAUUCGGGGAAGUGACAAUCCUUUUGCCACAGCUAUACUGGACUUUGAUAAAAAAAUUAAAGACAAAAGAAAUCAAAAUGAGCAACAUUCACACACAGAAAUUGAGGAAUAUAAGAAGCUGUUAAAUUCUGCACGUCUGUAUGAGUUGAAAAGGCAUGAUGUGAUUCUGUGCACCUGCACGGCUGCCGCCUCCCCCAACCUUACAAAGUCACUCAGUGCACGACAGAUCCUCAUCGAUGAGUGUGCAAUGGCAACAGAACCCCAGACACUCGUCCCAUUGGUCAGCUUCAAACCCGAGAAGGUUGUGCUGUUGGGUGAUCACAAGCAAUUGCGUCCAAUUGUGAAGAAUGAGCACGUACGGCGACUUGGAAUGACACACUCUCUGUUUGAACGCUACAUGAAUAGAGCAUUACUGUUAGACACCCAGUACAGAAUGCAUACAGACAUCUGUAAAUUCCCAUCGGAGGCGUACUACCAGAGUAUGCUGAAAACUCAAGUAGAUGAAAGUGCCAGUAUGCUGCAUGCUACAACUGAAAGUAUGAGACAAAGCAAACACACUCUGUUUGGAGAUAUUAGAGGUGUCGAGAUCAGUUUGGUUGUUUCAACUGCACGGGGGAACGAGAACUCGAAAGCCAACUUUGCAGAGGUUGAAAAAGCUGUUGACAUUUGUGCUCAGCUGGUAUCAGUGGGUCGUGUGAGUCAGGAGAACAUUGCCAUUCUGUCACCCUAUAACGCACAAGUUGCCCAGAUCAAAGAAAAACUCAAAGGUAGACGACAGUUGGAUGGAAUCACAGUCACCACCAUUACAAAGAGUCAAGGUAGCGAGUGGCGGUAUGUGAUUCUGUCAGUGGUUCGCUCCUGCUCUAGUGAAAAGAUUGACCCUCUGCCCUCGAGGGAAUGGCUCUCAGAACACAUUGGAUUCGUGGGUGAUGAAAAUCAAAUCAAUGUGGGCAUCACAAGAGCACAGGAUGGGCUGUGCAUUCUGGGUAAUCAGGAGCUACUCAACUGCAGCCCAGCAUGGAGAAAGUUACUAAAACAUUAUUCAAGUCAUGGCUGUGUGGUCCCUGCAGACCAAAUAACCAUACACAAUGUCCAGUAAACUAUAUUUUACAUUAUUUAUAAUGAUCUUGAAGACUUAUUUUAAAUGUGAAUUUUUUUAAUACUUUUAAAAUACAUUCUGGACUAUAUAUAUAUAUAUAUCAUUACAUUACUCGUAAUCUUAAAUUAUGUUUUUAAUAGCUAAAAUUAUAAUGGUAACAUCAAAGCACUGUUUUAAAUAAGAAAUGUACAAUCUAAGAUCUCUGGGGUUAUGUUUUGGGACUUGUGUUUUGCCUAAUCUUUUGAGGCCAUUUUUUUACCAGUAGAACAGAUGCUCAUAUGGAUUUGUAAAUUAAAUAUUUUUAUUGUUAAAAUCAGAAUCAAGAAUUUACACAUCUGUUUUCUAUUUUAAAACAUUACCAAUUAUAUUACAAAUAUUCUAAUACUCACUUUGGAUUCACUCUCUGGUGUGUUGUGUUCCAUGUUUUGUCAAUAAGAAUAAAUAUUUUAA